GGGGGCCGCGGGGAGCGCUGCAGCCCAGCGGCGGCGCGGGCCAUGCCCCCUCGCCCGCCCCGCCGCGCUUGAUGCGGCGCCCGCCCGCCGCCCGCACCGGGUCCUGGGCCCCCCGCCACCGCCGCGGCCUAGGAUUUCAGAUGCAUGCCAGGUCCCCGCUGACGGCCCGCGUCGGAGACCACCACCCAUGGAUCCCCCAAACCAGCAUGGCAGUGGCGGUUCCUCGGUCGUGACCCAGCAGCCGGCCCUGGCCAGCCGGCCGCGGCUGGACCGCGACAGAGAGCUUCCGCCCGCCGCUAUUUUGUCCUUGGACCAGAUCAAGGCCGUGAGGGGCAGCAACGAAUACACGGAGGGGCCCUCGGCCGUGAAAAGGCCCGCUCCGCGCCCGGCGCCCAGGCCAGACAAGCAGGAGAGGACUCAUGAAAUCCUGCCGCUCGGUGUGAACCACAACUCCGAGCAGAGGCCCGCGGGCCACGCCCAUCACGCCCAUCACGCCCGAGGCCCCGUCCUGAGCCGGUCCGUCAGCACCGGCAGCGCCGCCAGCUCCGGCAGCAGCAGCAGCGGCAGCGCGUCUUCCGAGCAGGGGCUGCUGGGACGGUCGCCGCCGGCCAGGCCCGUGCCCGCCCACCGCUCGGAGCGGGCGGUGCGGACCCAGCCCAAGCAGCUGCCGGCGGACGACCUGAAGGGCUCCCUGAAAGAGGACCGGAGCCCGCACCAGUUCAUCUGCGAGCAGUGCGGGAAGUGCAAGUGCGGCGAGUGCACGGCCCCCAGGGCCCUGCCGUCGUGCCUGGCCUGCGACCGCCAGUGCCUCUGCUCGGCCGAGAGCAUGGUGGAGUACGGCACGUGCAUGUGCCUGGUCAAGGGCGUCUUCUACCACUGCUCCAACGACGACGAGGGCGACUCCUGCGCCGACAGCCCCUGCUCCUGCUCCCGGUCGCACUGCUGCCCGCGCUACCUGUGCAUGGGGGCCAUGUCCCUGCUCCUGCCGUGCCUGCUCUGCUACCCUCCGGCCAAGGCCUGCCUGAGGCUGUGCCGGGGCUGCUACGACUGGACCCACCGCCCCGGCUGCCGCUGUAAGAACUCCAACACCGUCUACUGUAAGCUGGACAGCUGCCCCUCCCGGCCGCGGGGGAAGCCCUCCUGAUGCGGGCCGCUGGCUCGCACCUCCUGAACCCCUCACUUUCAAGGUGCCACGGUGGGAAAAGAUGCUGUUAGGUUCCGGCUUCCCUUCCUUCUCGGCGGGCCCCUUUCCUGCCGUCUCCACCCCUGUUGCCACGGCUGGCCUCGUGGGCGCCGCCGCCCUCGGUGGACGGGCCGUGGGAGUGGACUGGGAGGCCGCCCCCGGCUCCCGCUCAGGACCAGAGCCUCUGCCAGGCACUGGGGGGCCCGUGGGGAGUCAGUCACUGCUGGGUUCGUGCCGCCUUCCGGUUCUGCUGGCAACGCCCCCCCCACACACGCCCAGGCCACGGCGGUUUAGAGCUCUUUCUCACGGGGUUGCUCUGGGCGCAGGCGAAUUGGCUCUUCAAGAAGCCGCCGUUGAAUUGCUGAAAUAAGCUAUGUAUCUCUCCAAGUAGGUCUGUCUGCGUAGUGUUGGACCCGUAAGUAGCCUGGGGCAUAUUUUUGUUGUAACUCACAGAUUUCUCCUUUAACCACUGCCUUCUCGCCCCUCAAGAGUUCUCGCCUCUUCGUGUUGGCAUCGUCUUAUUCGAGAGAUGCCAGGUAUUAUAAUUAUUAUUGUUAUUUUUUCUGUAUGUAACGCUAGAUCCACUCAACAAUGUAAAUCUUCACAUUGGAGAUAUAUUGUAUCUUGCUGAUCCUCAUUCUAGCUUUUAUAUUUGUGAAGGACUCAGCUACCUUCCUUCCGCAUCCCACACUUUUCACCAAAUUUCUCCGGUCGUGGAGGGCCCUUGGGUGCCUGAGGUUCAUAUUUAUAGCUGAUCAGUCCCCAGGUGUCGGAGAAGGGAUCUCGGCUCCUGAAUGGUCCCUUCGGGCCCUUGGUUAGUGAGCAGCUGAGGGCGUCUGAUCUUUUCUGCGUUUUCAUGGCCUUAACCACAAAUUGUGGUGCUUUUUGUAUAUUUUAUGUAUAAAUCACAAAGUUGAAUUCUGACUAUUUUUAAGACAAAAGUCUGUUAAACUUUUUUAUUGUAAAGAAUAUUUAUUAUGCGAAUCUCUAUUAUUUUAUGAUAUUUAUUUCAAAAGACUGUUGAAAUGUACUCAUGUCUGAAUAUAACAAAAUAUCAAUACAUAACGGAAAAUAAGGUGAUACGAAGAAAGUACAUAUGUUAACUAUAAUGCAGAAAUAUAUGAAUUAAU